GGGCGCAGGGAAGCGGCGGUAGGAUAUGUAUGUCUGACUUCACUCACAACGGAUCACCUUGCUUCAGAUGCGAACACACGCGCACACAAGUGCCGAAGUUACAUUAUCAACGAGUGGCUAACAUGGAGCCUGAUAUGGAAGGGUUCGACUUUUCAUAUUACUUCUUUGACAACAGUUCUGACAACUUGUCAGAGGGUUCUGGAGGCUUUGGCAUGGACCUCCAGGAGCCAUGUGGUAGCGCUUUCAGCAGCAGCUUCAACAAGAUUUUCCUACCCACAGUUUUCGGAAUAAUAUUCAUUCUCGGGAUCAUUGGCAAUGGAUUAGUCGUUGUUGUCAUGGGCUACCAGAAAAAGGUCAAAACGAUGACGGACAAGUACCGGCUCCAUCUCUCUGUGGCUGACCUCCUGUUUGUCCUCACGCUGCCCUUCUGGGCUGUGGAUGCAGCCAGCAGCUGGUACUUUGGAAGUUUCCUCUGUGUGUCUGUGCACGUGAUCUACACAGUCAACCUGUACAGCAGCGUGUUCAUUCUGGCUUUCAUCAGUCUAGACAGAUACUUGGCCGUUGUGCGGGCCACCAACAGCCAAGCCACAAGAAAGCUGCUUGCGAGCAGAGUGAUCUAUGUGGCUGUGUGGCUCCCUGCAGUUGUGCUGACUGUACCUGACCUGGUGUUUGCCAGGACACAAAACAUGGGGUCUUCAAACAUCCCCUGGAACUUCAAUGAAAGCAUGAGCACUGGUGACUCCAGGAUCAUCUGCCAGCGCAUCUAUCCACAGAACGGCACUCUCAUAUGGACAGUUGUUUUCCGCUUCCAGCAAAUCCUGGUGGGUUUCAUACUGCCUGGUCUGGUCAUCCUCAUCUGCUACUGCAUCAUCAUCGCCAAGCUGUCGCAAGGCGUCAAGGGCCAGACACUGAAGAGGAAAGCGCUGAAGACCACAGUUAUCCUCAUUGUGUGUUUUUUCUCUUGCUGGCUGCCCUACUGUGUGGGCAUCUUUUUGGACACCCUCAUGAGGCUGAACGUGGUCCCCCGCUCCUGUGAACUGGAACAAGCAGUGGAUAAGUGGAUUUCUGUCACUGAAGCCCUGGCCUUUUUUCACUGCUGCCUGAACCCCAUUCUCUAUGCUUUCCUGGGAGUUAAGUUCAAGAAGUCGGCCAAGAGCGCCCUGACUAUGAGCAGCAGAUCAAGUCAGAAGGUGAAUCUCAUGGCAAGAAAGCGAGGGCAAAUUUCAUCUGUGUCAACCGAGUCCGAGUCCUCAAGUGUUUUGACAAGUUAACAUCAGUCAACCUCAGAGUCUGUGACUUUAAACUCUCAGGAGAGAAAAAAAAAACUAAGCUUUAAUUCAAAGAACUUACUACAUUUUGUACAGAUGUAAAAAAGAAAAAAAAGUUUUUUAUACAUUUUGAUUUGUUUGCAUUGUUGCAAUUGUGUGUCUUGUGAUGGUUUUCACUGAAAGUUUUGUAAUUUUUAUGUUCCUCAAAGCAGAUUGUAACCGUAGGCAGUGCCUCAUUUCCAUUCAGCUUUACAAUCAAGAGUCAUUUCAUCUUUGCAAACUGUGAUGCUGUAGUAAAGUUUAGGCAUUGAAUGCCUUGUCUGUUUUCAGGGAUGCUAGCUGCUUUUGGAAACUGUACAUAGUUUGUAGCAUUUGUAUGUUCGCACUUAAGUUGUGUGAUUAUCUGAAAGCUAUUAUUUAUUGCUGUCAUUCACACUGGAAGUUUUGUAAAAGAAAGAAACUGCAUGCUGCUUUUUUUACCCUUUUAAAUGUUUUUUUAUGUAAAAAAAUAAAAAA